AUGAGCUCUGCUCCACGGGCUUCGAGCCCAUCCCUAAUAUCGACUGCCCUACUGGCCGUCGCGAUCAUCUUCCCUAUCCUGGCGACUCUCGCCGUCGCGCUUCGUAUCUGGUCGAAUACUUAUAAGGCCAAGCGGCUAUUUGCAGACGACUAUGUCAUUAUGAUGGCCCUACUCUGUGCUUGGGGGGUCCCCAUUGAUGUUUACGUGGCGGCCGGGCUCGGGGGGAUUAACGAGAGUACCUUACCCUCGCUUGAAGCCGCGAGGGUCUUUCUCAGGGCCCUUUGGAUUGAGAUAUUCCCCCUGAUCGCAAGCUUGGUUCUUGUCAAGAUUUCUAUUCUCCUCUUCUACCGAAGGAUAUUCGUGACCCGCUGGUUCCAGUUCGCCGUUUGGGCCUAUAUUGCAAUUCUGCUCGCGUGGGGGAUUGCUUGCCUCGUAGCCCACACGGUGGCCGCGAACCCAGUCACCGCAGUGUUUAACCCACUGGCUGGCAAUCCACUUCGCUACAACUACAACCAUUUUACCAUCGCAGUGACGGGAAUGAGUAUGUGUUUCGAUUUGAUCGUACUCUGCUUUCCCAUUCCUGUGAUCCAUCGUCUCAUGAUAUCCACUCGGCAAAAGGUCCAACUGGCGGGCAUUUUCUGGCUGGGUAUCUUUUGCUGCGUUGCCUCGAUUAUUCGUUUCUAUUACGUCUACACCGAGGUCUACGAAUCCACGAGCUCCACCGGCACGAACCGCUACGCAACCGUGACUCCUGGCAUUACAUGGGGAACGAUUGAGCCCUGUACCAGCGUGAUCGCUGCUUGCCUCCCGACCUACGGACACCUAUUCAACGCCAGCUGGAAUAUUCCCAGCUGGGCUCGAAGUUUGUGGAGUCACGUUGCCAAGAGAGAUACUCUCCGUGGCGAUCACAGCAGGGGCUCUGUUCGGAAAUCUACGAUAAUCCUCACGAGUACUGACUCAUCACAUGACUCCAAUCAAUCAAACCGUGGGCACCCCUGGCAGCGGUUAGAACGUAAUAGAGGUGAUGGAGACAUGGAAAUGGGAAAUCUCACCUUCAAGGAUCAUGUCCCCUGGGCGAGUGAUGCGCAGCCAAUGAGUAUCCACGUCUCGCAGACUUUUACGCGGCAGGAACGGCCGGCCUCACCUCGGGACACUACGACACAGGGCAAACCCAUGGGAUAUGAAGGCAUGUUCUAA